AUGCCCGAACUCAAAACACUUCUUUUUCCAAGAUGGCGUCGAUGAAGGACAGCGACACUGGCCUGUGGCUUCACAACAAACUCGGCUCCACGGACGAGCUGUGGACGCCGCCGAGCAUCGCAUCGCUCCUCACUGUGUCCGUGAUCGACAACAUACGGCUCUGCUUCUCCAGCUUGUCGCCACCGGUCAAGCUCAAACUCUUACUCGGGAUGCUCCAUCUUCCUCGGCGGACCGUGGACGAGAUGAAGGAGGCUCUCUCGGAGAUAAUCCAGCUGGCCACGGUGGACUCCGAGCCCUGGGUGCUCAUGGUUGCAGACAUCCUCAAGUCCUUUCCAGAGACGGGCUCUCUCAAUUUGGACUUGGAGGAGCAGAAUCCAAACGUGCAGGACAUCCUAGGAGAGCUCAGGGAGAAAGUGGGGGAGUGUGAGGCAUCAGCUAUGCUUCCUCUGGAGUGCCAAUAUCUGAAUAAGAGUGCAUUGACCACACUGGUGGGUCCCCUUACGCCCCCCGUUAAACAUUUCCAACUGAAGAGGAAGCCCAAGAGUGCUACACUCAGAGCCGAGCUAUUGCAGAAAUCCACAGAGACAGCGCAGCAGCUGAAAAAGACCGCCGGAGUGCCUUUCCAUGCCAAAGGGAGAGGAUUAGUCAAAAAAAUUGACACGACAACGCCUCUCAAGGGGAUUCCUAAGGCCCCAUUCCGCAGCCCUACAGCACCCAGUAUGUUUAGCCCACCCAGCAACCGCACGCCUAUCGCUCCCGCACGCACGCCGCUGCGCAAGGAGCGUGGGGUCAAGCUGUUAGAUAUUUCCGAGCUGAACAUGGUCGGAGCCGGAAGAGAGGCAAAAAGGAGACGAAAGACUUUGGACACAGAAGCAGACGAGAAAGCAGCCAAAGAAGAAGCGGUGGUGGAGAACACCACACCGGAUUAUGCUGCCGGUCUCGUGUCUGCACAGAAACUGGGGGCGCUCAACGAGAAUCCUCUUCCAUCAACCAGCUACUUACCCGCCACGCCCAGCAUGGUUCCAUCUUCCUCCUACAUUCCCAGUUCUGAGGCACAGCCAGCAAACGCAGGUGGGUCAGGGCGGGAGACGCUUCAGUUGGCCCGACAGCCAGAGGAGUCGGCGACGGCAGGCGCAGGCACCGCCGCUGCCACUCUCCCAGGCCAAUACAAGCAGAGGACACCCAUGUACAACGCCAACACCGCGGCCAACCCGGCCACCCCGACAUCGCCCAGCACACCGGCAUCCACCCCCGCCAGCAAUGGGCCACCAGCUGCUGCCACCGCGGGCCAGCCUGAGGCACCCACCCAGCCUCCCAACACCCCUCAGACACCCACACCAACACCCGCCCCCACACCAACACAGCCUCAGCCCAAAAAGAAUCUCUCACUUACGAGAGACCAGAUGUACGCAGCUCAAGAGAUGUUCAAGACGGCCAACAAGGUCACCAGACCAGAGAAGGCCCUCAUCCUGGGCUUUAUGGCAGGAUCCAGAGAGAACCCGUGUCCAGAGCAGGGUGACAUUAUCCAGAUCAAGCUGAGCGAGCACACAGAGGUUUUGCCCAAAGCAGACGGCACGGGCAGCACCACCAUGCUGGUGGACACUGUAUUCGAAAUGAACUACUCCACAGGCCAGUGGACCCGCCUCAAAAAGUACAAACCCAUCACCAACACCUCAUGAGCGGGUAAAACAGGUGGACUUCAUUCACCCUAUGUUCACAUUUUCUGAUUGUUUACACACGUUCAGUUUUGAUUCCACAUUGGGGCCAAAUGGAGCAGCCGGCGCACAUGUGCAGGAGAAUGUUUUGCUCUCAUUUGGUUAUUUCAGUUUGUCCCCACCAGACACCUUUUCAACGUGACAUACUAAUGUCUUUUGGAUGAAUGUGUCUCAAACACUGAGCGCUUCUUUUGUUGGAAACAUUUUUUGCCCACCCCGCCUUUGUUUUUUUUCCCCAGUCAAGGGGAAGAAAAUUGACAGACUGUUAAGACAUUGGUCAUCUGUGUGAGUCAAUUAAAACUAUUCCAAUUGGU